AUAAAGCCACGGAAGCUGGAAAACAGAACGCUGUCCACUCCCUAGAAGAAGGUGUUUGAGUGUGGUCUAGGGAAGAAAUCUCCUCAGGCAGUAAGGCAUUAAUAAAUUCAAGGAUAUUUUACCAAACUAUCUUUGUGGAUUGAAACUGACUAGAAGAAGCAGCGCCCUCUGGAAUAAAUCUGAACAAUGGAGACCACACUAGCAAAAACGCCAGAAAAAAGGCAAGUCGUUUUUCUUACUAUAUUAUUGCUCUUGUGGAAGUCUAACGCGGAGACGAUUAGAUAUUCUAUGCCAGAAGAAACAGAGAGUGGCUACUUGGUGGCAAAUUUGGCAAAAGAUCUGGGGCUCAGGGUUGGAGAACUGGCCAUUAGGGGGGCACGAAUCCAUCACAAUGGUAACAAAGAGCUCUUGCAGCUGGAUUCAGAGACAGGGAAUUUAUUCCUGAAGGAAAAAACAGACCGUGAAGUGCUGUGCAGGGUGAUAGAACCCUGUGUUCUGCACUUCCAGAUCAUACUGGAAAACCCUGUGCAGUUCUUUCAAACUGAAUUGCAGCUCACAGAUAUAAACGACCAUUCUCCAGAGUUCCCUGAUGAGAAAAUGCUACUAAAAAUCCCCGAGAGCGCCCAGCCAGGGGCCAUGUUUCCUCUGAAGGCGGCUCAGGACCCUGACACAGGGAGCAACGCUGUUCAGAACUACACAGUCAGUCCCAACCUCCAUUUCCACGUCGUUACUCACAGUCGCUCAGAUGGCAGGAAAUACCCAGAGCUGGUGCUGGACAGAGCCCUGGACAGGGAGGAGCAGCCUGAGCUCACUUUAAUCCUCACUGCUCUGGAUGGGGGAGCCCCGCCCAGGUCAGGAACCACCACAGUUCACAUUGAAGUUGUGGACAUCAAUGACAAUGCCCCCCAGUUUUUGCAGUCGCUCUAUGAGGUGAAGAUUCUUGAAAAUAGCCCUCUUGAUGCCUUAGUUGUCACAGUCUCUGCCAGGGAUUUAGAUGCUGGGAUACAUGGAAAUGUAGCCUACUCUCUGUUUCAAGGUGAUGGAGUAUCUCAACCAUUUGUAAUAGAUGAAGUCACUGGAGAAAUCCGUCUUAAAGUAGCAUUGGAUUUUGAGACAACUCCAUAUUAUAACAUGGAAAUUGUAGCUACAGACCCAGGAGGCUUUUCAGGAAAAUGCACUGUGGCUGUGCAGGUGUUGGAUGUGAACGACAAUGCCCCUAAACUCACCAUAUCUUCGCUCACUAGUUCCAUCCCAGAAAAUGCUCCUGAGGCUGUAGUUGCUGUUUUCAGUGUCUCUGACCCAGAUUCUGGGGAUAAUGGAAGAAUGGUGUGUUCUAUUCAGAAUGAACUUCCAUUUCUUUUGAAGACCACAUUCAAAAAUUACUACACUUUAAUGACAGAGGGGCCACUGGACAGAGAGAGCAGAGGAGAGUACAAUAUCACCAUCACAGUCUCAGACAUGGGCACACCCAGGCUCACAACCCAGCACACCAUAACAGUACAGGUAUCUGACAUCAACGACAAUGCCCCCGCUUUCACCCAAACCUCCUACACCCUGUUUGUCCACGAGAACAACAGCCCCGCCCUGCACAUAGGCACCAUUAGCGCCACAGACUCAGACUCAGGCUCCAAUGCCCACAUCACCUACUCGCUGCUGCCAUCCCAUGAUCCGCAGCUGGACCUCACCUCUCUUGUCUCCAUCAAUGAAGACAAUGGGCAGCUGUUCACACUCAGGGCGCUGGACUAUGAGUCCCUGCAGGCCUUCGAGUUCCAUGUGGGCGCCACAGACCGAGGUUCACCUGCCCUCAGCAGCCAGGCACUCGUGCGCGUGGUGGUGCUGGACGACAAUGACAAUGCGCCGUUCGUGCUCUACCCAAUGCAGAACGCCUCUGCACCCUGUAAGGAGUUAGUUCCCAGAGCUGCCGAGCCCGGCUACCUGGUCACCAAGGUGGUGGCUGUGGACCGCGACUCUGGCCAGAAUGCCUGGCUGUCCUUCCAGCUGCUCAAGGCCACGGAGCCCGGGCUGUUCAGCGUGUGGGCGCACAAUGGCGAGGUGCGCACCACCAGGCUGCUGAGCGAGCGCGAUGUGCCCAAGCACAGGCUGGUGCUGCUGGUCAAGGACAAUGGCGAUCCUCCGCGCUCUGCCAGCGUCACGCUGCACGUGCUAGUGGUGGAUGGCUUCUCUCAGCCCUACCUGCCCUUGUCUGAAGUGGUACAGGAUCCUGCUCACGAAGGUGAUGAUGCUCUCACACUGUACCUGGUCAUCGCCUUGGCAUCUGUGUCUUCUCUCUUCCUCCUGUCUGUGCUGCUGUUCGUGGGGGUGAGGCUGUGCAGGAGGGCCAGGGCAUCUUCACUGGGUGGCUGCUCUGUGCCUGCGGGACACUUUCCUGGCCACCUGGUGGAUGUUAGCGGAACUGGAACUCUGUCCCAGAGCUACCAGUAUGAGGUGUGUCUGACUGGAGACAAUUGUACUGGUGAGUUCAAAUUCCUUAAACCCAUGAUCUCCAACUUAAUGGUUCAGGCCCCUGGGAGAGAAAUGAAGGAAAGUCCACACUGCAGGGAUAGCUUUGUAUUCACUUAACUGUUGUAUGUUAGUGAAUUUGGUUUUAACAAAUCUAUUGCAAUACGGUUCUCUUACGAAAGUGAAUUGCUUUACCCAAGUAUUGACACUGUAAUCAAAGUAUAUGCAUGUCCUCCAUUACCAAAAUAUUUACUUCUUUCCUGAUAUCCACUGUACUUAGUAUUUUUAGUUUUAGUAGAUAUUAAGAACACAACUUAUGUUUUGCUUUAGAUCAAGUAUUACACAAUAAAAUUUUGUCACCUGG